GCUGAGAGACUGAGCUCUACUGCUCUACGAGUGUUUUGACUAAAGCAAUCGACCUCUGGCAAAUGGCAAUGGCGGUUUCGUUGCCUUCGAAUCUCUACCAAUUCCGAAUCAAUUUCACUCCGAACAUUGGCUCAUCUUCUCCUAAUCUUUCCCUCUUCAAUGUCUCCUCAACGCCGAGUAGAAAUCGACGGCCGUCUUCUACAAUCGUCUUAUCUUACAUAGGAGAAUCCGGAAAAGGAGCGGCGAGUGAGACCAAGAGAAAGUUGCUGGAGCAAUAUGGUCUUAACCCCGACGAAUUCUUAUCUGAAUCUUCUCCUAAGACUAGGAGGAGAAAGGAACGACAACAUACAAGAAAAGGCGCUCAAGUUCCAACUGAGGAACCAAAGCCGCCUAGAAUUACUCAUAAGUUGCUUCAGGUUCUUGGGGGAAAGGCUCGCAGAAAGAAAUUGCUCUCACCAAAGGGCAUGGAUGUACGUCCAAUGAUGGAAGUUGUGAAAGGUGCAGCCUUUGAUAUACUACAGGCAGCUGGUGGAUGUCCUGCAUCUUUAAGGCCUGGGCGUUGGUUAGACUUGUACAGUGGUACUGGAUCUGUUGGUAUUGAAGCUAUUAGUCGAGGAUGUUCAGAGGUACAUUUUGUUGAGAUGGAUCCAUGGGUUGUUUCAGAUGUUUUACGGCCAAACUUGGAAUGGACUGGGUUUGUCGAUGUUUCAGUCAUACAUCCUGUUCGUGUUGAAAUUUUCUUAGAACGUGCAGAGCAAUUUGUAGGUAAAGGUGGAGCAUUUGAUUAUAUUAGUGUUACACCUCCAUAUACUGCAGUGGACUAUGGAAUCCUGAUGAACGAAAUUGCAAAUUCAGCCUUAGUUGGAGAAGAUACCUUCAUUGUGGUGGAAUACCCACUGGGAACGGACAUGCUGGAUUCGUGUGGUUGCCUUAUUAAGGUAACUGAUCGACGGUUUGGCCGGACACAUUUGGCUAUCUAUGGACCAAAAUGGGCUGAGAAGAAGAGAAAGUCAGGAAACUCAACAGAAACGAUGCAAGUUUGAUCGAGGUCUAGAAGUGAAAGGUGGAGACUGUAACCUGAAUUACAAAAUAAAAAAAAAUCAGCGAAUAUCAAUUGCACAGUUUCAACUUUGCUAUGGGUAGGCAGAAGGGUAUUCACUCCUGUUCACUUUGGGUUAUACUGCUUCUCUGCUCUAACAGUUUCAUGGUGAGAGGCUUCAUCUUUAAUUUAUGCAUUCAGAUGAGAAACCAGCUUGAAGAAGAUGGAAUAAAAUCUCACUUUUCUUUAGGCAGAUUUUGCUUGAAGUGCAAGUAAUAUAAUUUGCAUACUGAAAAGUGCUACAUAAAUUAUAUAUCUUCUUCCCCUUAUAUAAUUUUGUGCUUAAAUCUUACCGUCAGUUUCUUUUUGAUGAGAUAUUUAUCAUCUUUGGCACUUGUAGUGAAACUCAUCAGCAGUCUCAAAAAAAUCAUUUAACCAAUUGAAUAUACCGUAGCAUUUGCACUUGCUCAUAUUUUAAUAAUGAAACCGUCGGUUUCUUUU